AUGAAGCGUUUAAUCAUAUAUGGAUUUUUCUUCGCUUGCAUUGUUGGAUUUUUGAUGAACAAUAAGCCUGAACCUGAAGAACAAAUUGUUGUUACAAAUACAACAAUGUCGUCAAUUUCAGCUCAAAAUUGUCACUUUUGCAUCGAUCCAAGGAAGAAGAUCAUACCAAGAGGAUCGCGUGACGUAUUAGUUGCAAAUGUUGGGGAUUCGAAGGCGUUUAUUUGCUCUGGGAAAUUGGCGAAGGAAUUGACAGAAGAUCAUAAUGCAGACAGAUUGGACGAGAGAGCUAGGGUUGAAGCUUCUGGAGGUAAAUUCACAUUUUACACCAAUUAUGUUCCUCUUCUCAAUGGCCAUUUUCCGAUGACUCGAGCUAUUGGUGAUGUUACUUCGAAAAGUGUUGGAAUCAUAGCUACUCCAGAAGUGACUGAUUGGCUUAAUUUAACAUCAAAAGAUGAGUUUUUGGUUGUGGCAUCUGAUGGAAUAUUUGAAAGCUUAAGUACCAAAAAAGUUUGUGAGUUUUUAUAUGAAGCAGAGGACCAUUCAGAUUUAACAGCAUUGUCUCAACAAAUUGUUCAAAAAGCAUUUUUAGAAGGCAGCACUGAGAAUUUAUCAGUUGUUUUGGUUCCCUUAUGA